AUGGCGACUUCUUUUGCGCCAUUAUCUAUUUCAGUUGGUGGAUCUCAUCUCAAGUCAUCUGAGCUGUUUUUAGCAAAGCGUAAUUCAUCUCUGGUUGGACCUAACCUUGCCGUUCAAAGGAAAUCAAACAUUGCAAGCAGAAAGAACCUCACCUCACCACUUCGUGCAGAAUACCGUGAUAACAGAGGGGGUGGAGGCGGGGAAUUGCUUACUGGCUUUAUUCUGGGUGGUGCUAUUUUUGGAACCCUGGCUUAUGUUUUUGGUCCCCAGAUCAGAAGAGCUGUGCGAAAUGAAAAUGAACAUGGGUUUCAGAGGGCCAGAAGACCAAUAUAUUAUGAAGAAGAAGGGCUAAGAUCAAUACAUUAUGACGAAGGGCUAGAGAGGACCAAGGAGACCUUGAAUGAAAAAAUAGGCCAACUAAACUCAGCCAUUGAUAAUAUAUAUUCACGACUGAGAGGCAAGAACAAAAAAGUGCCUGCUGCUGCCCCUAAAGAAAGUGAUUCUGAAAUUGAAGCGAUAUAA